GAAGAAUGAGUAUGGUAGAGCUAAGCGCGAAAAUACGAUGUUUCGUAUCGCAUUCAUUCUGUUGUCGUGCUGUGCUGUUUUCAGUUCCGGAAAAGUGUGCCAGUCUAUGGAAAUCAGGAACAGAGUAGUGAACUUAGGUAAUCUGAAAAACUGUACGGAAAUUGUCGGUUCUUUGAAAAUUCUGCUGAUGGAAAGAGUGCAGCACGAAAGUGAGUUCGACGAAUACGUGUUUCCGGAGUUGACAAAGAUUUCGGGAUAUUUGAUGUUUUUCGAUGUGUACCAUUUACCGUCUGUUGCCAAGUUGUUCCCAAACUUGAGGGUUAUAAGGGGGAUGGAACUUUACGCUGACUAUGCAUUGGUACUUCAUAACAUGCCCCAUCUUAGAGAGAUUGGGACUGACAAACUUAUGUUCAUUGCCAGGGGACUUGUUAAAGUGGAUAAAUGUCCUCAUAUCUGCUUCGUGAAUACAAUCGAUUGGAAGAGGAUUGGUGCAGCUAGAAUACAUUUUAAUAAUCUCAAUAAUGGAACUUGUGAUGCCUGCUCUGCCAAUUGUAAAGGUUAUUGCUGGAACAGCACAUCCUGUCAGAUAACUGACACCGAAAACUGCCAUAUUGAAUGUUUGGGAUGUUCGAGACCUAAUUCCGCCGAUCAUUGCUACGCUUGCAAGAAUUACGAUGAUAAUGGUACAUGUGUUGAUAAAUGUCCGCCUAACAAAUACGUCCACAACUACGCCAACAAAUGCGUUACGAAAGAAGAGUGCCACACUAUGGUCAAGAAACUCCACUGGUGGACUCAUGACGGCCACUGCGUUAGCGAGUGUCCACAAUUCUACCAGGAAAUCUCUUUCAUAGACCAGAAAGGAAUCAACCAAACUAUGUGCCGGUUAUGCGGAGACAAAUGCGUGAGACUUUGCAGAGGCGAUACCAUCGAUAACAUGGCUAAGUUGCAAGAAUUCAGAGGCUGCACCCACGUAUAUGGUUCUUUGGCAGUGAAAAUUAAAUCGCUGGAUCCUACCAGCUUGCCAAUGAAUCUGGAGGAGUAUUUAGGUUCCAUCAAAUACAUCGACGGAUCUCUCACCGUUGGUAGAACUAACGACUUGGGGUCCUUGGACUUUUUGAAGAAUCUCAGAUAUAUUGGGGGAAAUGAUGUUAAUAACACCUACACAAUUUUCAUGUACGAAAAUCAUAACCUGCAAAAGCUGUGGAAUUUUGAUGAUCCUAAAUUCCAAUUAAAAAUCGGGAAAGGUAAAAUCCGAUUUCACAAUAACCCCCUACUGUGCACAAUAGAAAUAGAAAAAUUGUCCAACAUAACCGGCGUUGAGUAUUCCAAACUAGAAGUAUCACCAUAUUCCAACGGAGACAAAACGACUUGCUUUCCUCAAAAAAUGAACGUAACAGUGCAUCCCUGGUCGACCAAUGCCACCUUGAUGUGGGACGAAAAAGCUCUCAACAAAUGUGACAACUACGUUGGCUUCACGAUCUACUUCAAGGUCCACAAGCUCGGAGAAGCUUCAUUCACAGACAGCAAAGACGUCUGCGUGAGAAACGAGUGGAAGAGCAUAUUCACAACAAACACCAGCUUCGUCUUGAGCAACCUUGAAGCUGACUCUAGGUACGCUUUCUACAUCAAGAUCUACUGCGUCAGCAAAGAUACCUUUCAGAGUACCAUGAUGUACUUUGUCACCCUUCCGGAUGACCCAGAUAUCCCGGAAAAUGUUGUUCUUGAAGCCAUAGACCACACAACUAUUCAGUUGCGGUGGAGACCUCCGUUACAUAUCAAUGGAGUCCUGGCUUAUUAUAAGAUUGACUUCAAUGAACAACCAGAUGAAGCUGUGGAUAGAAAUUAUUGUGAGCAACCAAGAACAAUCGAAGGAGAGAAGACUGAUACUGAUAGCAACUCUCAAGACAUUAUGCACAAACCGGAAAACAAAACAACGAAAAAAGAGCCAGUUGAGGAUGACUGUGAGUGUGUGGAACCUUUGAAAUUUGACGACAUCAGCAUCCAAACCAUCGAUCAAAGAUUCGAACUUUGCGACCUCUUUGCGCAAUCAAAAUUCCAAAGAGACGAUUGCAAACACUUCCUUUACCAACCAGUGAGCGGAGAUAUGCCUAAAUUACAGAAAAGGGAUGACAACAAUAACACGUAUUCAUCUUUCAAUAAACAAUUAAUCAUUGGUGCAAAUGAUACUGCUUACAACAUCACGAAUCUCAAACACUUCACGCUGUAUAUUUUUUAUUUUUCGGCCUGUAAUCACCCGAAAGAAAAGCACAAGUGUAGUUCGGUGUUGAUGUACUCCAUGAGAACCAUGAAAAAAAUUGAUGCCGAUGAUGUCGAGGAAGUGAACGUUGAGGUUAUCGACAAUACCGAUGUCAAGUUGACUUGGAAAGAGCCAAGCAACCCAAAUUCCCGCAUAGUUGCCUACAGAAUAAAAUACAACAAAGUUGAUGCAGGGCAUUCCCAUCUCUACAAAGAGUGCUUAUCAAAGGACGGCAGUUUCAACGGUACCGAACUUAUUUUGAAGAACUUGACACCUGGGAAGUAUUCUCUAACGGUACAGGCGGAGUCGCUGGCUGGAAUUGGUCGUUACAGUGAGACAAAGUAUUUUACCAUUGAAGCUCCUUCCCCAGAUGUCUCGAUCAUGGUCACAACCAUCUUAGUUUCUCUCUUCAUAUUAUCAGGUUCUGUUGCCAUCUACCUGUGGUACAGAAGGAAACGGAAACUUGAACGCAUGCAUCUCAUAACAAGCAUCAAUCCCGAUUACGAUGGAGCGAUCUAUGUCGAAGACGAGUGGGAGUUGGAGAGGGACGACAUUGACAUCCAAACCAACCUGGGGCAAGGCACUUUCGGGACCGUCUAUUAUGGCGUUAUCAAGUCCCGCAACGCCCCCUGUGCCGUUAAAACAAUCAACAAAUCGCUCACUCUGCACGAACACAUGGAGUUCCUCAACGAAGCUUCGGUUAUGAAGUCAUUCAGCAACUGCCACCAUGUGGUGAAGCUCAUCGGAGUAGUUUCAAAAGGUCAGCCACCUCUCGUUGUGAUGGAGUUGAUGGAUAGGGGCGACUUGAAGAAAUUUCUUAGAAGAACGAGGGAUUCAUCACAUAAUCUCACUUCCAACGAGAUUUAUCGUAUGUCGGUGGAAAUUGCUGAUGGUAUGGCGUACUUAGCUGCCAAGAAGUUCGUCCAUCGGGACCUAGCUGCUAGAAAUUGCAUGGUCUCCGGGGAUCGGACGGUUAAAAUUGGGGAUUUUGGCAUGGCCAGAGAUAUUUAUGAGACUGAUUACUAUAGGAAGGGAACCAAAGGUUUGCUGCCUGUGAGAUGGAUGGCUCCAGAAAGUCUGGCCGAUGGAGUCUUCACUUCCGAUUCCGAUGUGUGGAGCUACGGGAUUGUAUUGUGGGAGAUUGCCACGUUAGCAGAACAACCGUAUCAAGGUCUUUCCAACGAACAAGUUCUACAAUUCACAACUUCGAGGGGACGCCUGGAACGUCCAGCAGAAUGUUCCGACCUCCUCUACGAAAUCAUGCGCAGUUGUUGGAUGUGGAGACCCAACGACAGGCCGACGUUCUGGGACAUCGUGGAGAGGUUGGAGAACCACGUCGGUCAAGAUUUCCAGCUGUUGUCGUUCAUCCAUAGCAGGGAGGGGCUGGAGCAUAGAAUUAAGAACGGUCGCCAGAGAGCUUUCAAUCCUCCGGCUGUCGGAAUUGAACCCCAAGAAGAUCUGUUUAGCCAUUAUAAUGUUUCUGACGACGAAGUUAGUCUGCAUGUUGGAACUGUACCGAGCCGUCCGAGUUUUCUGGAAGCGACUUUGUAUCACAGUCGAGAAAGUCGAUUUUCUCCCAUCGACUUCGACUAAGUGAGUUGAGAUAUCACUCAUGAGAUUUGUCGACUGCUUCCAGAGAUAUCCAGCAUAUCUAUUCAAUAUCCUCAGUGGAUCUACCAUUGGUGUUCGAUGUAACUUGUAUUACCUGAAUGUGAUAUGUGAAUGUUAGUCACUAGACUUGUAAUGAAAAUUGUUUCUGUCAGUAAUAGGAUUAUUUUUCGAUUAUAGAUAUACCAGGUUGCAAGCUAGGGGCAUUUACCUAGAGAAAAACUGAAAAGUAAAUUAUCGGGAUCAAUUUGCAGAAAAUAGAAUGAAAAUUGAUAUAUCUCCAUCUGCUAAAUAUGUGGUAGGUCAAUGAUAUCAUACAAAUCCAUUAUCCGUUUCAAAUUCAGUUGAGAAAUCCUGAUGUUUUCGUAACAAUAAGUACAUGUUCGGAUGAAAUCUUUUUUCAGUUCUGAAAUUCAUUAGUUUAACUCCUUCAGUUAUAAAUACUCAUCAUAAAUAGAUGAAACGAAGAGAUAUGUCAGAACAUUUCUAUUUCCUCUAGUUUUUAAGUUAGUUCUCCUGCUUUCUGAUAAUUUAUUGGUGUUGAAGAAACCAUUUGUUGGUUCAUCUUUAUCACCAAGUUCGGGACCAAAUUCCUUAAGGAAAAGUUAUAUAUGAGUUCAAAAUAAUUCAAUUGUAGCAUACAGAAAUGUGGCGUGAAAUUUCUGGUGGGAAAUUUCUCCGAAUUUUUCAGAUGAAAUAUAACAAAGAGGUUUUGUUGUGAUGAAUGCAAGUUUGUUGCUGUACUAUUCAAAUAUAAGUCAUCUUUUCGAUAAUUUUUGAUAUUACUCCUGUCUUAUUUUUAUUUCGAUUAGAAAAAAAAAGUAAUAAUCAAUUUCAACACUAGAUUUUCGAUGAAUGAAUACACUUCAAUUGAACUUUUAUCUCUAGGAGAAUUAAUUCAGCUUGCAGUGAUAUGAACAUGAAAGCUACUUAUUGAAAUUCCUGAGGAUGAUUUUAUUUACUGUAUAUUGUGUCAAGACGCAUUUCACUUUUUGAAAAGAUACAACAGUCUAUUAUUGUUUACUUUGAUCUAUUCCAUUGUGAAUGCAGUGUAUAUAAAUGAAAAAAGGGGCUAUGCACAAUCAGAUUUAUGCAAUAAUUUUGGAAUUAGGUACAGUUUGUUCUGUAGCCUGCUUCUAAUAUAUCCUCACUUGAUCCUUAUUUUUUAAAUAUAUACGCCAUCGAAAAUGUAUUUAAAAAACACACAUCAAUGUGAGAUUUCGACUUGCUAUAAAACGUGUCUUUUGAAUACGUUAUAAUGAAUUUUCAUCGAGUAUCGGUCAGUUAUACGUGGGUGGACCUAGAAGUACCUAGCCCAACAAAGAAAACACAAAAAUUUUGAAAAAAAAAUGUAUUUAUUUUUCAACAUAGUCUCUUUGCAGCUCUGUACUUUUUCCCCGGCAAUGUUCUUUGAGUUCGAAACCGUUUUUAUAAUAAUAACUGUCUUGCUCCUCAAAAUAGCCAUUAACUGCCGAUAUAACUUCCUCAUCGUUGGAAAAUCUUUGACCACCGAGCUAUUUUUUCAAGUUUGCAAACAGAAAAUCAAUGAAGGAGGCUUGAUCUGGUGAAUGGGGUGCAACUUCAACUCGUUGAUUUUGGUUAUUGCGAUAAUGGAUUGAUGAAACAACAAAUGCGGCCGUUUUUGCUUGAUUUCUUCACCCAAACGUCACACUGAGUUCGCAUAAUAUUCGCCGUUGAUAGAUUUACCUUUUUUAAGAUAGUCGAUGAAAAUUAUCCCACACGCAUCCCAAAAAACCGAUGCCUGUAGAUGAAACGGUCUUUGCCUCCUUUGGAACCGAUUCUCCCUUUUGAUUACACUGUUUUGAUCGUUCUUUUAUCUCCUGUGUAUAGUGAUGGACCCAUGUUUCGUCCAUGGUAAUGAAAAGACCCAAGAAUUCUACAUCUUCGCGUUACUGUUUUUGUUCUAGUGUGAGCAAACGCGGCACCCAUCUUGCACACAGCUUUCUCAUGUGCAAAUUUUCAGAUAAUAUAAGGUACUGUUGGGUAAUAAGGCCAGGUUAAGGAAAAACUCAAUUUAGUUCGUAAACUAUAAGCAUAUCUAAGCUUUGGCUUAUACAUAUAUUUUAUAAUAUUAUAAUAAUAUAGGACUUCAAAAUGAACGUUCACACUCAACAGGAAUGAACAGGAAAAAAGUUAAAGUUAUCAGCACAGGCAGGUUAUAAGGACAAGAGUGAAUAAUCAAGGCAGGCAAUAAGCCCAACAGACGAAAGAGUUCAUGGCAUGCAUUCUGGGCAGGUGAAGUCUUCUGUGUCAUCAUUUGAGAGACCAACACGUUCCUCAUGCAUCCAGGUACCCCAUGAUACACAGGAUCUCAUAUCAGCCACAUUAUCAUUGACGCAAACUGACCACAUCCAGACUUCUGUAGCCGCAGCUUUGUUAGUGGUCGGCAAAUCAGCUGACUUCUCAAUCUUCUUUGAUGAAGUAGGAAUUUUCUUAGAGCUGUCGUCCUUGAAUACAUCUCUUUUAGUAGGCUGCAUGUCCGGGGUUGUGGGCUUCUUAAUUAAUUAACCAUGCUAGUGGGAUUUCAUCCUCUGAAUUCCACUGAUAUUCCAUAUUCAAAUCUUUCCUGACAUCAUCAUGGAUUUGGGAUCAUGGUUCUCAAUAUGUUCAUGCUGGUAACGUUGCUGAUAGUCAUACUCUUUCCCCAAACUGGAGUGAAGACAUCAGAAAACCUCUACUUGUUUACUUUUCUAUCAGAAUGUUGAUCCCAGGAGUUCUUGAUCCCAGUGAGAUUUAAAAUAACGAAAUAUGGACUUAUCCAUUGGCUGAAGUUCAUGGGUAGUGUUGCUAGUUAAACACAAAAGUUCAAUUUGUAGAGAUCCUGCUUUAUCAGCGAUAGUUAUAUCUAAAUGGCUAGCUGCGCCAUCAAAAAUAAGGAUCGUUGGAGGGGAGUUUGGAAAAUGGUCCAACCAUUUAAUGAAAAUCUCCGUUGUCAUGCUCCCUUUUGGUGUUAUAUGCACAAUAGAACCUGCUGGAAGCCCAUCCGCAAAAGUGGGUUUCCACUUCUGCCCUCAAAUAUAAUCAUAGGUGGUAUUACGUGACCAUACAUUUUCCCAGUGUUCUGAUCCCACCAAAUGCACUCUUUUGGAUACUUUUUCAGCCAACACUCGCUGCUGAUGGUGUAGCAUGAACCUGCAACCCUUUUCAUCCAUGUUAUAAAUGUUCCCAAAUUUGUAUUUUAGGCCAGUUCGCUCCAAAAGUUUAUUCAACGUUUUAAAAUAAUCAUCAACAAUAAAAUGAUUCAGUUUCUGCGCAUGCGCUGGGUUGAGCUGCUGUGCUUUUCGCUGAGAAAUAUUUGGUGACGUUUCAUAAAUGAUCGGUACCACGAAGUAUCCUAGGAGUAAGCUGAAAUCCUUUUUGUGUGAAUUCAAUUAUUUUUUCCGCUAAGUCAUUUUCUUGUUGUUUGGUUAGGAUGGAUUUAGCUCCUAAUACUCGUUGUUUCGAGCCAGUUUCAGGUGGUUUCUCAAUGUCUGGAUUUGAUAAUAUUACAACCAAAAUCAUAGAUUUGAAUCAGAAUUGCCACCUUUGCUUCAAAAACCCUUCAAUUUUUCGUUUGAUUCUUCGAAAAUCAAAAAUUGUCAAGGUUUUGCCGAUUUUCAAAAAUGUAAAAAAGAUAAUGUUAACAAUUAUUAACCGAUUUCUGUUUUACCAAUCAUAUCUUAAAUUCUUGAGAGUGCAAUGUAUAACAGCUCAUUGAGAUAUUUGCAGUCCAUUUAUUCCUUGUAUCUAAAUCAACAAGUACAAACCAUAUCCAUGUCAUGUCCAUUUCCUGUCUAUGUUAUGUUCAUGUCCUAUCCAUGUCCUGUCAA